UAUCGCAACCUGCCCGAUUUCUAAACGUCCGUUAAAAAAUCGAAACGUCAUCGUGACAAUGACAAUGGCGAAAACGUCAAGAAAUCCAAAAUGUCACUUUCAUUUGUCUCGAAUGUAGAUUGAGAAUGUUUUUUUGUCGGAUCCGUCUUUUAUUUGUUUCUUUAAACUUUGCUUUGUCGUAUAAUAUCGAAUAUCAUUGAUAUUAAAUGCGAAGGUGUUACACAAAAUUGUUACCGUCAUAAUUGCAACGGAUAUUCGUCUGAAAACUGUCGGCGUUCAUAGGUUAGAAGUCGUCAUCACAUCAAAAAUCUACUUAUGCCAAACUUAUUUUUAGACGGACUGUGUUAACGAACUAGUAAUACUGUUUCUAGUGUUUGGAGUUUAAUACUUUCUUCACCAUGGGGCUUAUAAUAUCAAGAUUUCGGCGCAAAAAAACGACAGAGGAAGUCCUUGAGAAGCUCGAAACGAACAUAAAAUCGAUAGAAAAGGACGGACAAUGCAAAGAGCAGGCCCAUAAACGCAUCGUAGGCUAUAUGAUGGCGUAUUCGGUCGGGUUAUACGUGCUCUUCGCCGUACUCUACUACUAUAUGUAUGCGGGGAAGUCGCAGCACUGGCUGCAUUCGCUGCUCUAUGCAUCUCCACUACUGGUUCUCCCUGUACUCGUGAUGUUCCUUCGGUCCGGCAUAACGUGGUACUUCAACUGGUCACUGGAGAAGAACAGAGUGAAACUGAACAAGAUGAAAGAAGAAAAGAAGAAAAUACUAGAGGAGGUUAUGAACACUGAGACUUACAAGGUAGCCAAGCAAAUACUGGACAAGUACGGCAGCCCGGACGAGCAGUCCAGGGCUCUGAAGCCGUUCGUGCCGUCAGCCAACGUGCCUGCAACCCCAGGGCAGAUCCGGCAGCGGAUGAUGCAGACGUCCACCCCGAUCAACAACACGAACAUGAACCUGGUGCCAAUGACCCCUGGACUGGGUUACAAGGGGCCUCGGCUGAGGUCGGAGCAGCUGCCACGCCCUCUACUAGAUCGUAACCGCUCUGCGCUUGACAAAGUGGUGGACUAUCUGCUGAAAGACGGACCCAACCAGCGUAUGGCGCUCAUAUGUACCGAGUGCAGUUCGCAUAACGGUAUGGCGCUAAUGGAAGAAUUCGAGUAUGUAUCCUUCCACUGCGCGUACUGCGGUAAGUUCCACCCGGCGCGCAAGCAGCGGCCGGCGGCGCCUGCGCUCAACACGCCCGCCCGCCCGGCCUUGAUGCCCAGACUGUCACUGGCCAACGCGGGGGGCGGCGACGACUCUUCGAUAGCCAGCUCCGCGAGCGACAGUGAGGAUGAGAAGAAAUGUCGCCCCAACGUUGGCUGUUCAGGUGGAGAAUCGGAUCGGUCCCCCUCCCCUGUGGAAGGGGCGCCGAAAUCCGACAUGGAAAAAAAAGAAGACUGAACGCACCUCAAAUUAUAUAAAUUAUAACAAGUAGGACUACGGUGGCCAUACGGCACGGUAAUGUCUGGAUUGAAGUCUAAUGUUGAGGCUAGGGUGUGGAAUACUGGCUUAGCAUCGAAUAAAGAAUAACUGCGUAUAGAACGGCACCUCCCCGCACCAAUUCGUAUCGGGCGCUCACCUCACCCCCUCUGGGUAUUUUGUCUAAAUGGCUGAUGUGUAAGCGGGAGUGCGCGGACUUUCUGUCUCCCUCGCACUUACGAGCUAGACGACACACGAUACAAAUAAGAUUUUUAUAUGAAGAGUCCGAGGUAUGCAAAUUAUCAACAAGUCUGUAGCCUUCUCAGCACGCGCAUAGUCUCAAAAUGAAUUAAUUUAACAAAAAUAAAGCCCCAACCUAAUGUAUUUUUAAUGUGAUUUAAGUACAAUAAAGAGUUUUUGUAUUGUAUUGUAAAGAUGACAACAAAAGGCCGUAAGUGAAAUAGUAAAGAUCCAAACAAAAAAGGAAUCUAAUCUAACCUCGUAAGGUCGUGAUUUCCACACAUAAUAGUUAAAGAAUGGGGUUUGUAUUUCUAAAAGAUCUGACACAACGACUUUAAUAUACAGAGUGUUAGUGACAACGUAACGGAAACUGAGGGAUGAUUCAGGCCAUGAUUCUGAGUUGAUAUCAAGUGGAAUAUUCCGUUGCAAAAGUAUGAAAUUGAAAAUAAUAAAAAAAAAAAAACACUUAACAUUGUCAUCAAUUUUCCGAUAGGAAAUUAGACUUCCACUUGAUAUCAACUCAGAAUCAUGGUCUGAAUCAUCCCCUUCAGUAUUCGUUACGGUGUUACUAACCUGUAUGUAUUUGUGCAUGCGUUUGCGCACUGUCUUAACCUAAUUUUAGUUUAGUUAGCCCUAAAACUAGUGCCGUCCUUCACUUUCAGUAAGUGCAAGAAGGAGAUAGAGAUAAUCCUGUCAAGUUAAGUUGGUGGUUGCCUGCAUCGGCUCUAUUAUGGCAGUAUUUUCCACACCCUAUGUAAUAAGAAUGUUUGAUCGGCUACACAUUAUUUUGCAUGGCGGACAAUAAAUAUGCGUGAUUUUAUUUAUUUUACGGCGGGGUUAGUCAGAUGUGGAUUUUAAAAUACUAUCGCAUUCAAAUUUGGUAUUUUUGUGGUUCAUAUACAACACAUGUAAAUUAAUUUGGUACAAUUUUAUUGGCAGCGAAAGACAUAGGUACUUUUAUUUCAAAAUAAAUAAAUACUUAAGAAAAACCUUAUAUGACACAAACAAAGAGGCAUAACGAGUGGCCUAAUUGUUACAGAAGCAAUUUCAUCGUAAAUGCUAACUAAAGGUGUAUACGACUCAUGAAUUCUGUCAAGAAAAAAAUAUUUAAAAAAAUCUUAUGGUCACCCUACUCAAAAAUGCAAUAGGGUUUUUAUUAUUUCAUAUUUUAUUUGGACAUUUACUUUUUAAUAAAGUUGUAAUUUGUAACCCACAAAAAUUUAAAAUUAUAUGAAGCCCCACUGCUGAACAAGACUUCGCAAUGCGAUAGUAUUUUACAAUAUUAAUUUAAUAAAAAAAAUAAUAACUUAAGACAAGGCUCAAAUCGUGUGCCUUGUUAUCGAUAAAUUGCAGUUUACAGAAUUGAAUAGUUAUUCAAAAGUUAUUUAUUUCAAUUUAAGUGUUUAAGUUUUCUUCGAAUCUAUUAGAGGCGGCAGGUUUCAAUCUAGAGUAGGCAAAGUGACAAAAUGAUUUUUCAAAGAUAAAAUUAACAGCAACAUUUACUAAACGCAAAACAACAUACACAUAUUUUGACAACAUACAUUUUGACAGACAUUUCGGCGGUUCUCAUUGAGGCUACUGGCGAUCCGAGAGCUGGCAGCUAUUUUGCGCAGAGAAUAGGCCUGGCAGUUCAGAGUGGAAAUGCUACCUUUUGGGCGCUCUGCCUCAGUGUGGCGCGCUGGAGGAGAUAUUCUAUUUAUAAUAUGCUGGUAUUGUUAUUAUUAGUGAUGUCCCGGAUCGUUAAAAAUGUAUGUCCGGGGAUACGGAUCUGAAUACGGAUAUUUAGUGUAAAGAUCCGCGGAUCCGGAUACGGAUCUUUAUUUUCUUAUUCGAUAUUAUUCGAUUGGUGUGGGCUCCCGCGACAUUGAAACUCUAGUUGACGUCUUCGCUCGCCGCAACGUCAGGCAGGACACGUUUUAACUUGCAUUGCGCGGGUAGUACUUUUGUUUCGGUUAUGGUGUAGUGUGACACUGUGGAAUUUUAUAGUUUUUUAUUUAAUAAUUCUACUUAAUCACCUGAAAAAUAUCCAUAAAAGAUCCGCGUGAAAAGUAACGGACACGGAUACGGAUACGGAUUUUUCUUUUAUCUCGGAUAUCCGCGGAUACGGAUACAGAUAUUCGGAACAUCACUAGUUAUUAUUACAUAUACAAUGAAAUUUUGGUAUGGAGUAUCCAGGACGAGCUUCUAAUACCUUACGGCGUUGCCUGCCCCAGUACAAGCUUAAUAUACAAAUAGAAUGUUAAAUUGUUACAGAAUUUGUCAUUUCGCCUUCUCUAUGUUUACCUGCCCAACCCUUAGGGCGUUUUCACACUUACCAAUAACGUAUUGUAUAAUGUGAAAACGCUUUUGGUUCUACAACUAAAGGCUUUUGAUGUUGUGCAGAGCGCGCGAACUUUGCACUGGAAAGAGACAGCGCUAUACGAAUCUUGGUAUAGUUGUCUCACUCUUUCUCGUUGCAAAAGUCUGUGAAUUAUUUUUAGUAAGUUCUUUGAAAGAUGUCGAAUAGGCAUUUUGUAAGGUACAAUAAUAUCUUCAAUUCAUGUUUGGAUCAUAGAUUGACAUCAUUGAUAUCACGUGGUUUUCAGGAUUUAUGCCAGGUUAAUGGCAAUUGGCUCGUCUCCUAUUACAUGGGACUUGAACAUAGCUGACGAGGUGUACUACUAACUUAUACAUUAAAAAAAUGUGCCUAUAAAAUGCCUGUACGGUCACGAGCAUUAAUAUGUAUACACUUUGGUACCAUGUCACAUUAACUUUUUUGACAAAUUGAACUGUAAGUCUCACUAAAUGUCAAAUAUGUUAGUGCGACAGAGUCCUAAAGUGGGUACAUUAUAUUGCUCAUGACUGUACACUUGAAACCGCGUUUCCACUUGGCAAUAUUUGGCUCGCAACAUUUUGCACAACACGUUGAAAGUUGGCGCGGAACUUUUGUUCAACAACGUUGUAUGUCUGCACAUCUACUACACGUCUGUCGUCAACAAGUUCAACAACAUGUUGCCAGAGGAACUAGUGUUGUUGCGCGUCACGUUUCCACUCGACAACAAUUGAUGUUCAAAUUCAAAAAUAUCUUUAUUCAUUAGGUAACAUAGUUACACUUUGAAUCGUCAAUUUUUACAUAACGAACGUCUUAUCCGCCUAAAACUACUGCAGCUUCUCACAACCUGUAUAGCCGGGGAAAAGAAGCUGCAAGAAAUACCUCGGCACAGGGCCCUAGACGUUCUUUAAAAAAAAAAACAUAAAAUAUUGUUAUACAAUUGAGUAAUAUAGCUGCCUAAUAUCAGUUCUCAUACAGUUAAUCCCAUGCAUAUCUUCGAAACAAUCACUAACUUUAUAAUAACCUUUUUUGUAAAGUGUCUGUUUAACUACUGUCUUAAACAGUUGAAAGGCAAAUUCUGAAUGUCAAUGGGAAUCUUAUUGUAAAAACGUAUACAUUGCCCCUUAAAAGAUUUAGUGAUCUUAUGUAAUCGACUGACUUGUAAAGCAAGUUUAUUUUUAUUCCGGGUUCAACUAACUAUGCUCUCUAAACAAACAACACGCCGCGCGACAUUUUGCGUUCCAGCUGGCAACGUCGCGCGCUGUUGUGCAACGUUGCCGUACUUGUUGAGCGUUACUUGUUGCGAGUUAAUUGUUGCCCAGUGGAUAACGGGUUUUAGGCAUCACAUAAGACAUCUAUAGACAUAGCUGUUGAUAUAAUUUGUGCAAUCUAUACUGGCUUGUUACUUAAUAUAAGCAGAAUCAUUUCGUGAAAUACCUUUUAUAAUGUUAUUUUUUAUUUACCUUGUCACUAUUGUGCUGUGGUUGACCGGACCCCAGAUACCAGACUUACACCAAUGAGUUAUUAAUUUAUCUUAAGUGCAGUUUUCACUAACACAGUUGGCUCGACCAUUAUAGACGGCGAUACGGCUCACCUAUCGCGUUGGUCUAACAGAAAGCUCGAUGAGGCCAAGGUACUUAGUUCAUCGUGUGAUGGAUGUACGGUCACGAGCAUUAAUACGUAUACACUUUGGUACCAUGUCACAUUAACUUUUUUGACAAAUGGAACUGUAAGUCUCACUAAAUGUCAAAUAUGUUAGUGCGACAGAGUCCUAAAGUGGGUACAUUAUAUUGCUCAUGACUGUACCUCUGAAUACCCCAAUUGGGAUUUAAAAAAAAUACCGAUGGAAUUCAUACACAUAUUACGUUAUUAGGUAUCGAAUGAACAUUAUGGAAAAAAUCAGAAAAAUAAAUAGAUAUUCGAAUUCUAAGCGUUUUUAAUAGCAAAAUAAUAAAAGGUAUUUUGCGAAAAGCCAUUAAAACUAAUAUUAAUAAAUAUCUCAUUAUAUUGCCAAGGAUAAUCAUGUUACUUCUUAGGGUUGUCGCACACCAGAAAAAUCGUUGAAUUCGUAACAGCCCUGUUCGAAGAACGCGCGACUUCCAUCCUAGUGUUACGGGUUUGAAACGCGGUUCGGGCACUAAACCACUGAAUUCAGCUUGUGUUUCAUUGAGAGACUUUCUAAUCGGCGUUCCCCAAAAACAUUAUAGAUGGCGUUGUUAAGUUUUUUCUUCGUUUAAACUUCUAGUUUCAUGGAUAACAGACAUAAUCUUUUAUCUUUGUUUUUGGGUAUAAAUGAUGACCCUUUUUAUUACACCAAGGUACAAUUACAACUUCCACCCAUUAUUAUUCUUAUCAAAAUAAAGAGAAGCAAUAUAGGUAGUAACAUCUUUCCAUACAUACUAAUGUUUUCCAAAUAUCAAGCAACAAUUAGUUUUAUAUAUGCUUCUGCCAUUACAUUGCAUUUUUGAAUAAUUAUGUACCCCAGCAAUGAGAAAAUAGGUAAUUAUCACGUUAAAAGUCACGUUAAAAGAUCUAUCGUGUGUACAAUGCGAUGGAUGUACUUCUGCCUACCCCAAUUGGGAUAUAGUCGUGAGCUUAUGUAAUAAACUUCUCUUAUGACAGUGCCUAAUAUAUUAAUAUUAAGAUAAAUUAAUCCUUGGCAAUAUUAAUAUUUAGUUAACUUUUAAACCCCAAUCUUGGGGUUUAAAAAGGCUAUAUUGUCGCAAGUCGUCUAAAAAGCAAUAUUGCUAUUCGACAUUUGCGCAUAUAAAAGUAAGUACGGAAUGUCAUCAAAUAGCAAUAAUGCUGAAUUGGGUAGUUUCCUAGGUCAAAGCAAAAUUAUGACUUUCUGAUUACUAAAUAAAGACAGAUCUAAAGGUGACGAAAAACGUUUUCUUUUUUCUAUUUAAAUUAUUAUGAAUUGUAAUAAAGAAAAAAUGUAACUAAAAGCAACAUUUUGGCACGUUUUUCUAUGACGUCACAGUGUGCUUUUUCAUACAAUUUCCAUAAUAAUUUCGUGUUUUGUCGUUUAGUAAAAAGUAACUGAUUUGACUAGUUGGAAACUAGCCUAUUGAUCUAAUGUGGCCUUUUUUAAACCCCCUUGUCUUUGUUUCCCCAUUGUUCUAAUUCCAUCUGUCAAAAUUGCGCUUAUACUCAGAAUGCUUCUAGUCAAACGUGGAGUUUUGGUGAUUUUGUGAUGGUACGUUUUAUUUGGAGAUUUCACAUAGAAAUAUUACUUACAGAACAAUUUGCUUAUAAAAAAGAUUUAACAUAUUGGUAGCUAGAACAUCACCGAUUGAGAAAUUGGUCGGUGUACUGCGGAACGGAAGGCGAUUGGGGCAACCACCGUUCUAAACGCCCUAUCUAUGGAGUAUUGAAGGCGAUUACUCCACCGAUAAGAGCGCAGCUCUUAAAUAAAGAGAGAGAGAGAACAUAUUGGUGCUCCAAUACACACCAUCUAAUUUUAUUUUAAGUUAUACCUGUCAUUUUCUUAUCCGCUGAAAAAGAAAGGGACGGGUAAUCGACAGGCGUAAAAUUUAUUGAACACACGUGAAAUUGAGGCAGAAAAAAAAAACUUUUUUAAUUUUGUUUUGGCCAAUAACCCGACUGGAUUAAGUUGAAAGCACAGUUCAAGCGUGUUGCGUAUGAGCGACUUGUCUAUUUUAUUCUCCCGAAAUUAGAAGAGUAACCAUAUUGUUUUUGAGGUGGCCUGGAAGUUCCCUCAUUCUGUUGUUUCCUGCAAACAACAACAAAAAAAAAUCGGUAUAUUUUUCCCAUAUAUACAUCGAUUUAUCCUAGUUAGUCUCCAAUUAUAACGUACCAGAUUAUGUAGAUUGCAUUUAAAACCAAUAUUAAAAUUAGUAUUUAUUCAAAAUUGUCUAACCUUUUUCCUAAUUUUGUAACUGAAUGUUUUCAAAUAACAUACGAAUUCUACUAACAACCUAUAUACCUAUAGGUAGGGGCAUAGCGACUGGGCUUUUUGAAAUGUGUGAAAUGAACAAGAUUAACACCCGUAAUCUAAAAUGUUAACUCGAAACUUCCUCUACUCGACUCGGCCUCAGCUGAGCCUUUUGGUAUUUUUAGUUGACAUUUAAGUUUUCGACUUGAGGACUUUAAUCAUUGCAAUCGAGCAAAACUGCCAACAAAGUUAUACGAAUUAAUGACUUUAUACCUCACUAGAGAAAACUCGUCGACAGGUGGCGACGGCUGAAGUAGCCUCUGCCGUUUACAACUUGCAGUUCGUCUGUAAGAACCCUAAUGUCGCACUGUAAUACUGCGCCGCUGCGGUGGCUCUGCCGUCAAGUGCGCGCAAUACAAUUUAAAACUGUUUGGUACAGUAUUACAGUGCGACAUUAUGCCGCUGCUCUUUUCUGCCGCACGAAAAACUCGUAGUGCGCGCCUGGCCUUAAGGUCACCUUACCUGAGGACGGAUGGGAAGGUUCGAGUUAACAUGUUAGAAUACGGAUUAAGUCCUAAAAGGGUGUGUUCCCACAGAAACAAAACAGAGACGUCCGGAAUUUACCAAUCACGGUAGUUGCAAUCUCAAUCUCGUUAUAAGUCUCCGUUCUGCUUCGCAAAUUCAAAUGAGGGACUUUCCAAUCGAUGUUCCUCAAACACACGAUAGAUGGCGUUGUUCACUUUUAACGCGAUAAUUACCUAUUUUCUCGUUUCUGGAGUACAUCAUUAUUCAAAAAUGUAAUGUGAUAGUUGAAGCAUGUAUAAAACUAAUUGUUGCUUGAUAUUUGGAUCACAUUAUGUAUAGUAUGAUGUUGCUACCUAUAUUGCAUCUCUUUAAUUUGAUCAGAAUAAUAAUGGGUGGAAGUUGUAAUUGUACAUUGGUGUAAUAAAAAGGGUCAUCAUUUAUAUCCAAAAACAAAGAUAAAAGAUGCAUAAUUAUGUCUGUUAUUCAUGAAAUUAGAAAGUUUAAACGAAGAAAAACCUUAACAACGCCAUCUAUCGCGUUUUUGGGAAUAUUGAGACAUGUUUCUAGCGAUACCGGAUAAUACGGAGCGCCAUUUUCAAUGAAACAGGUCUAUUUGUAGGUCGCCUAGUCGCUACACCUGUAUGCAAAUUUAUUCUGUUUAUUUAUAAUGUUUUGUGACAAUUAGUUAAUCCCCAGACAUUCCCAGUUAUUUAUUGUUAGCUAGCAUUUCGUAGUUGAAUGGUAUUGUAUAAAUUUAGGAUACACUGCCAAAUUCGAAUACAUUCGAGAAAUAAACAAAAAUACAAGCAAAUUUCGCUUGAAAAAAAAUCAUGAUCGGUGAAGUUUCAUUGUAGAUAUCCCAUUAAUGUUUUUUAAUUUAUUUUUAAUCUAUUACAAUUAGUUUCGCUUCGAUGUUUUGUGUAUUUGCCUCAAUUUUAGUCAAUUAGUAAAAAAAAAAAAUUGGUAACAAAAGGAGAAA